AUGACAGCAUUCGCGGUCGCCAAGACUUGUGCCACCCCUGCCCCGGCACCAACUCCAGGACCCAGUUUGGAAGAUGCAGUCGUAAAAAGAGCAAACUCGUGCACAUUUAGUGGUUCAAAUGGCUACUCGUCAGCAAGUAUCUCCAAGACUGCAUGCUCCACGAUUGUAUUGUCUGCUCUUACUGUUCCCGGUGGCAAGACGCUGAAUUUGGAGGGUCUUCGCGACGACACCACGGUUAUCUUCCAGGGUAACACGACAUUUGGAUAUAGCGAAUGGUCUGGGUCACUCUUUUCUGUCAGUGGAAACAAUAUUACCGUGAGAGGAGAUCCCGGAUCCGCUCUAGACGGUCAAGGUGCGUUAUACUGGGACGGCAAAGGAGGAAGUGGGGGUGUCACAAAACCAAAGUUUUUCAAGGCAAACCAUCUAAAUGAUUCUCUUUUGGACUCAAUUACUAUUCGGAACGCACCGCGGAAUUCAUUUAGCUUAAAUUAUGUCAACAACCUCAUCGUCAAGGACAUUACAGUGGACGACUCGACUGGUGAUUCGUUGGGCAAAAACACUGACGCAUUCAACAUUAACAAUGCGGACGGGGUUCUUAUCACUGGUGCUAAGGUUUGGAACCAGGACGACUGCGUUGCUAUCAACUCUGGCAAGAAUAUCGUCUUCACCAACGGCUUCUGUUCAGGCGGACACGGUCUCUCCAUAGGCUCGAUUGGAGGACAAGAUGACAAUACUGUACGCAAUGUUACCUUCAGUGACACAACCAUGGAAAAGUCGCAGCAAUCCGUUCGUAUUAAGACCAUCUCCGGAGCAAACGGUACUGUAGAUGGUAUCACCUACCGCAACAUCGCCAUGAGUGGCGGAGAUGACUAUGGCAUUAUCGUCAUGCAGUCAUACAAUGGUGUCGACGGCGAACCGACCAACGGAGUGAGCAUCACCAACGUCGUGUUGCAAAAUGUCACGGGUACAGUUCAGAGUGACGCUGUCGACAUUUACAUCAAAUGUGGCCAAGGAAGCUGCAGCGACUGGACAUGGACUGAUGUAUCUGUUACGGGUGGAAAGAAGAGUACCGCAUGUCAAAAUGUCCCUAAGGGGAUCUCGUGCUAGUGCACAAGACCCGAUAUGGGUUCAAUGCGCAUGCAUUGAGCAAAGGAAUCAGCAUAUGGCGGCGGAAUCAUAACCUUGGU